AUGGAGGAAAGGAACUGGUUCAAAUGUGGUGUAUUUGGUAGUUACCCACAGCACAAGCGAUACUGCAAGUAUCAGCCACACUGCUUGUGUUUGCCUGGGGAGCAAAGUGUAGCUCUGUCUGAGGGUGGCUAUGUUGCUAACAGCCUAGCAAUUAUGACAGAUGCACUUCAUAUGUUAACUGACCUUAGUGGUAUUAUUUUGACCCUGCUCGCUCUCUGGCUGUCUGCAAAAUCUCCCACAAAGAGGUUCACCUUUGGAUUUCAUCGCUUCGAAGUAUUGUCAGCCAUCAUUAGUGUAUUGCUGGUCUAUAUCCUUAUGGCAUUCCUCUUGUAUGAAGCUGUUCAAAGAACUAUCCAUAUGGACUAUGAAAUAAAUGGCGAUAUCAUGCUGAUUACAGCAGCUGUUGGUGUUGCAGUUAACUUAAUAAUGGGUUUUUUGCUGAAUCAAUCUGGCCACCUUCACUCCCAUUCCCACUCUCAUGUCCCUCAGUCGAACUCUCCUAGCACAGCCCACAGUGGCAGCCACGGGCACAGCAGCCUUGCUGUGAGAGCAGCAUUUGUACAUGCCCUUGGGGACCUGGUGCAAAGCAUUGGUGUGCUGGUAGCUGCCUACAUCAUCCGCUUCAAGCCAGAAUACAAGAUUGCUGACCCUAUAUGUACAUACGUGUUCUCCAUACUGGUGGUUUUCACAACAGUUCGAAUUCUGUGUGACACAGGAGUUAUUAUUCUGGAAGGAGUUCCAAGGCAUUUAAAUGUGGAUCGCAUUAAGGAAGACUUGAUGAAAAUUGAAGAUGUUUAUUCUAUAGAAGAUUUAAAUGUUUGGUCUCUCACUGCAGGAAAAACAACUGCCAUAGUCCACUUGCAACUAGUUCCUGGUAGUUCAUCUAAAUGGGAGGAAGUUCAGUCCAAGGCCCGACAACUGCUGCUGAAUACAUUUGGAAUGUACAAGUGCUCUGUCCAGCUUCAGAGUUACAAACAGGAAACGAGCAAAACCUGCGCAAGUUGUCAGAGUUCCAGUGCCUAAUUUAAUAUGUUUUG